AUGCCGAAGCGAGACGAUUCUGAUGAAGAAUCGACUGCCAUAGCGGCACCAAUUGAGUUGCCGAUAAGCAGUAAGGUGGUGAAACCGACGAUUGCGAAGAUAAUCGAAGAUGAGAAUAUUGCAACGAGUGAUGACGAUGAUGAUGACCAGAAGGAUGGUGAGGUUGCGGCGUUAUCAGUUUCAAGUAACAUCGAGUCAGACAUUGAGUCUGAUGAGAAAGGAGAUAUGACCAUCAACUACGACUUCACCGUCGAUACUAAGGAAAUCAAGAUUCAUGAGGUCUUGAAUAAAUUUCCAUCAAAAUACGAUAAUAUAAUCGCAGAAUUCGCGGAUGUGGAAAUAUUUUUGAUAUCAUUGGAUGGAUUGCUUAUUGAAUUAACAUCGCAUUGGUAUUUGAAUUGGGAGCUCGGUGGACAGACAAUUGUCAUUGCGAAACAGGUUAGU